UCUAGAUAAUUUUUCCAAUAAUAUUUUUCUCUACAAUCUAUUAAAUAUCAUAGGAAAUCUAGUUUUGUGUGAUUCAAAUCAAAGAUUGUAAAAAGAAUCAAACUUGACACACUCCAUGACAUAAUCAUAUCCUAAUUUCUAGUGAAUCCCCCCAUAACCAAAACUCCCAAGUCCCAAACAAUGAAAAAUGCAAUCCUAACAUUAACAACAACAUUGAAUUGAAAAGCCUAAUAAUUAGUCCACCGAUUGACAAUCAAAUGAUUUCCCAUUUCUCUCUUCUUCACUCCCCUCUUUCUCGUUCGUCUCUUUCUCUCUCUUCUUCUUUCACCUCUUUUCGUCGAUCUCUCUUGUCACAAAAACUCCCCUUAAAAAGCUUUUCUCUUAUGGAUUCUCAACAAAGUUCUUCUGUUGAACAAUUGAGUGAAGAUUUCAAGAAUCAGAAGCUAACCCACCAAAGUAAUCGCACCAAAUUGAAGCUAGAAGAGCUUAAUUGGGAUCAUUCUUUUGUUCGGGAAUUGCCGGGUGAUUCUAGGGCUGAUAAUAUACCUCGUCAGGUCUUCCAUGCUUGUUAUACAAAAGUUUCACCCUCUCUAGAGGUGGAUAACCCACAGCUUGUUGCUUGGUCUGAAUCAGUUGCUGAAUCUCUGGAGUUGGAUCCUAAAGAGUUCGAGCGGCCUGAUUUCCCACUAAUAUUUUCUGGAGUGUCUCCGUUUUUUGGAUCAUUGCCAUAUGCUCAAUGUUACGGAGGCCAUCAGUUCGGUACAUGGGCUGGGCAGUUGGGUGAUGGUCGGGCAAUUACUCUUGGGGAAAUCGUGAAUUCUAACAAGGAAAGGUGGGAAUUACAACUGAAAGGUGCCGGAAAGACCCCAUACAGCCGUUUUGCAGAUGGACUUGCUGUUCUUCGUAGUAGCAUUCGCGAAUUCCUUUGCAGUGAAGCAAUGCAUAGUCUUGGAAUCCCCACAACGCGUGCCCUUUGUCUUGUAACUACUGGAAAAUUGGUCGUCCGGGAUAUGUUUUAUGAUGGCAAUCCAAAGGAAGAACCUGGUGCCAUCGUUUGUAGAGUUGCUCCGUCCUUUUUACGUUUUGGUUCAUACCAGAUACAUGCCUCAAGAGGAAAGGAGGACCUUGAUAUUGUUCGGCUUCUUGCAGAUUAUGCGAUUCGGCAUCACUUCCCUCAUAUUGAGAAUAUGAACAAGAGUGAAAGCUUAUCUUUCAGCACAGGCUUUGGCGACGAGUCAGUUGUGGAUCUCAGUUCCAAUAAAUAUGCAGCCUGGGCUGUUGAAGUUGCUGAAUCUACUGCUUCACUGAUUGCUGGCUGGCAGGGAGUUGGUUUCACACAUGGUGUAAUGAACACCGACAAUAUGAGCAUCUUGGGUCUUACGAUUGAUUACGGUCCCUUUGGGUUCUUAGAUGCGUUUGAUCCUAGUUAUACCCCAAACACGACCGAUCUUCCUGGUAGAAGAUACUGCUUUGCAAAUCAACCUGAUGUAGGCUUAUGGAACAUCGCACAGUUUUCUGCAACCUUACAAGCAGCUAAAUUGCUAGAGGAAAAGGAGGCUAAUUACGUCAUGGAAAGAUAUGGAACCAAAUUCAUGGAUUAUUAUCAGGCAAUCAUGACAAAAAAACUUGGAUUGCCCAAAUACAAUAAGGAUUUGAUUAGUAAACUUCUUAACAACAUGGCGGUCGAUAAAGUUGAUUACACAAACUUUUUUCGACUUCUUUCCAACAUUAAAGCUGACCCAAGUAUUCCGGAUUCUGAACUGUUGAAACCCUUGAAGGCAGUUCUGCUAGAUAUUGGCCAGGAACGCAGGGAAGCAUGGACUAGCUGGAUGAAGUACUAUGUGCAGGAGCUGGCUUCUAGUGAAGUUCCUGACGAGGAGAGGAAAGUUGCUAUGGAUUCUGUUAAUCCGAAAUACAUCCUGCGGAAUUAUCUAUGCCAAACUGCCAUUGAUGCAGCUGAGCAAGGGGACUUUAGUGAGGUACGACAGCUAUUGAAAGUCAUGGAACGACCUUAUGAUGAGCAACCCGGGAUGGAGAAAUAUGCUCGCUUACCUCCGGCCUGGGCAUAUCGGCCUGGCGUUGGUAUGCUAUCCUGUUCUUCCUAAUCGACUUUUUGUGACUUGGUCUCAAUUACGGAACGACAUAUUCAUCAAGGAGCGUACAGAUCUACUUGUACAUAAAUAGUUACCAUGUUGUUUCUUUUUCUUGUUUGAGGUUAAUCUAGACCUAAGCUUCUCUUUUUUUCCUCGGUUCACAAGCUCAAGAUAUAUGCACCAUUAAUCAUUAUUGUUGCGAUAUCACUGUAAUACCCUAGUUGUAUUUCUAUUGUUUUGCAUUAGUCUACAUUUACAUGA